AUUUUUUUUUAAAUGGAAAAGUAUCAAGAGGUUGUUCAAAAAGUGAAUUUUGACGUCAGCAUAUUUGAACUCUCUCUCAUGACUCAUCAUCUUCUUAAAACCUAACCACACGAGUCACGUCUCUUUCUCUCUCAGUGAUUUUGUUAUUUAUUCUCUCUUUGAAACGUUUUCGCCGAAGAAGAAAGAGCAAAAACAUGAGGAGCGAUGAUCUUUACAUCACCACCGUCCCUUGUUUCUUCAAAUGUCCAAUUUCACUUGAUGUGAUGAAAUCUCCGGUGAGUCUCUCCACCGGCGUUACAUACGACCGAGUUAGCAUCCAACGUUGGCUCGAUGAUGGUAACAAUACUUGUCCCGCGACGAUGCAGAUUCUUCAGAACAAAGAAUUCGUACCUAACCUAACUCUUCACCGUCUCAUUGAUCACUGGUCCGACUCCAUCAACCGUCGAGCCGAUUCUGAGUCUCCGGAAUCCGAUACUCCGACGCGAGACGAAAUUAACGCUGCGAUUGAGAGAUUCCGGAUCGAGAAUGAUGCUCGUUCGAAGAUUCUCCGGUUCGCGAGAGAAUCUGAUGAGAACAGAGAGUUUCUCGCCGGGAAAGAUGAUUUCGUAGCGAUGCUUGUGGAUCUCAUUAGCGAUUCCAGAAACUUCUCUGAUUCUCAAUUGCUACUCGUUGGAGAAGCGGUGAAGAUUCUGAGCAUGAUUCGUCGGAAAAUCUUCGAUCGGAGACGGUUAUCGAAUCUGAUCUUAACGAACGGUGGUGAUUGCUUGACUUCCUUCUUCCUAUUGAUUAAACGCGGGAAUCCAAAAUUGAAGAUCGAUUGCUCCGCCGUGCUUGAGUUUAUCGCCGUCGACGCAGAGUCAAAGCUUAUAAUCGCCAAGGGAGAAGGAUUGGUCACCGAGAUUAUUAAAUUGAUAAGCUCAGAUUCCGACUCAAGCUUAAUCGAAGCGAAUUUAUCUUUAUUAAUCGCGAUUGCGUCUUCAAAACGCGUGAAACUCGCAUUAAUCAGAGAAAAGCUAGUCACGAAACUCACGAGUUUGUUAACAGAUCCAACUACGAGCGUUUCAGUGACGGAAAAAUGCUUAAAGCUUCUCGAAGCUAUUUCGUCUUGUAAAGAAGGUCGAUCGGAGAUUUGUGAUGGUGUGUGCGUGGAGACGGUGGUGAAUAAGCUGAUGAAAGUGUCGACGGCGGCGACUGAACACGCCGUUACGGUUUUGUGGAGCGUCUGUUAUCUUUUCAAGGAAAAGAAGGCGCAAGAUGCCGUUAUUAGAAUUAACGGCGUUACGAAGAUACUGUUACUUUUACAGAGUAAUUGCUCGCUUACCGUUAGGCAUAUGCUAACGGAUCUUCUUAAGGUGUUCAAGGUGAACUCAAGAUCUUGCCUUUCGGUAUACGAAACCAAAACGACACAUAUUAUGCCGUUUUGAUUAUCCCCCCUCCGUAUUAACUUCUUUAGGGAUUAUUACUUGUUGGUAAAAAAAAUUCAAGUUGUAAGGAAAGAGAUUUUUUGGAAGGUGAAUGGAAUUGUUAUCACGGCCAAUGCCAUUAGAACUUUGAGAAUAAAUUGCAAUGUUCUUUAGUACUAGUAUCAUUGCAAUGUUGAUACUCUAAACCAGAAUUUUAUGUUUGGACUUGGCAAAAUCGUA